AUACAAUUUAUUUAUUUUCACUGCUAAUAAAAGCUUUGUAAGGACAAAGAACACUUUUUCUUUAACUCGUUCCCCCUCUCUCCUUUACAUAUACCAAUACACUAUACAAACAAAUACUCUCUGGAUUUCUUCUCUUUUCUCCACUCCAGGUGAAACAAAACAAAGCCUAAUAUCUCUUCGACCCAGUGUGCUGAAGAAAUCGAAACAAUAUGGAAUAUCUCGGGUGUUGUCUUAUGGGCUACUGAAUACAGUUUACUACCUCAUUACCUUUCUCUUGGUGUGCUUCAAGAACUACGAAAUGGAUAGGACUUGGAUGAAUUUGUCAAGGGUAAGCAACGACUAUCGAAAUGGAGUACAAACUUUUUUAAAUUUUGCAUUUCAAAAUGCAAGCCAAGAGAAUAUGAUUCUUUGCCCGUGUAAUAAAUGUGGCAACAUCAAUUGGCAUUUUCGUGAAGUUGUCUACGAACAUCUAAUUGUUGAUGGGUUUAUUCGGGGGUAUAAAAAAUGGUUUUUCCAUGGAGAGUGCACACCUAGUAGAACCCCUUCAACGAUUAAUCCGGCUUAUCCUCAUAGUGCUUACCAUCAGUCUGUUAGAGAAGAUGAUAUGGAAGAUAAAAUGCCUAGAAGAAGAUUGCAAGAUCCAAGUAUUGAUCAAAAUACUUCAAGUUCGGAAGAAACAAAUAGUGAAGAACAAACUGCUAUUGGAUCUUCGAAUGUUCCGAAUACACCCGAUGAACCUGCAGAAAUUCAAAGUGAAAAUGUAGGGACGCGCAGAGGUCGAGGGCGUACGGUACUUAAAGAGUUAUACGAGUUAAAUCCUUCCGAGCGUGUCAAAGUAUCUAGAAACAAUCUUGGUCAGCCUGUUGGAUCAGAAGCUCGACUUUUAGCAGGAUAUUUGGGCAUUAUAGCACGAAAUGCCAAUAUUUUGCCUAUCAACUACGAGUCAUGGCAUCAAAUGCCUGAUAGUAACAAAAAUGAAGCUCUCAAUAAUAUUAAGGAGAAGUUUGCUUUAGAGAUCUCGGAUAAUUAUGUCAAGAAGGCAUUGGGAAAAAGAUGGAGAGACCAUAAAAGUACUUUAAAGAAAAAAUAUUUUAAGAAAAAUAUAAGCCUCGAAGAGAAAGUGCGAAAUGUCCCGCCUGGAAUGCUGAGGUAUCAAUGGGAAGAUGCGGUUAGAUUUUGGAAUUCAAAGAAAGGAGAGGAUCGUGAACGAGUUGGUACAAGCAGCAGGCAAAAACAGAAAUUCACUCACACAGCCGGGUCGAAAAGUUUUGCUUGUAUAGUUGAGGCCGAGGUAUUUUGAAUUUAUUAAUUGUGUCAAAUAUUUAUUACUUUUUAUUAAAUAAUAUUUUUACUACUAUAUUGUAGAAAGCGUAAAUCGGUCAAAAGUUGGACGCCUUCAGCUUUUUGACAUUACACAUAGGAAGAAAGAUGGAUCUCCUAUGACUUCUAAAGCUGCAGAAAUUAUGG